AGAACUAUUUAUUGCAUGGCCAUAGCAAUGUGCCAAAUACAUGCAUACAUGCAAUCAAAGGAUUUGUCCGACUUUCAAAAUGGUUGCAAGGGUUUUGAUCACUUCCACAGAAAAUAGCAGACAUAUCCUUAUUGGCUUACAAAGAUCAUUUACCCCAUUCGUCUAAUGCUGGCUACCUCACAAGCAUCUUAACCGUCAUGCAAUCCCGUUGGUUUUCUGUGCUGUAACAACAUGUGACUCUAGACAAUGGGGCUUUCAUGUUAUUGACCCUGAUCUCAGUACCUCCUUAUCUUCUUCAUGUUACAAGUAUAAGCUCAAAAUCGUAUGGGAACCGGUUCUGACUUGAUAUAUUAUUAUUUGAAAGUAACUUCUUUUCUCUGGAACAUCUCUUUUCCUAAACAUCAGCAUUUUCUCUCAUGCGCAGGCCUUCCUCAAACAUAGGCCUUUUCAAAUUUAGGUCAAUCAAAACAUAUGGGAUUUUUAGUCAAUACAAGUAUCUUUGAAAAUUCUCUUUUUCAAAUCCACUUCCCUCUCAUUAUGACUACCGAAAUGGCCCGGUUUAUGCUUGUGGAAUACGUGAUCCACUGUGGGGGCAGGCUGUGACGCAGGCUGGUGAGCAGCUGUUGCAAUAAAUCACUCUGACCAUGAGGUGGGGAGGCAAGUUUAACCAAGUGGGGAGGCAAGUUUAACUAAUUUACGAGGUUGGAAUGAGGAAGUGCCAUCAGAGUGGAUGAUGAAGCAGCUGCUCCCCCCUGUGGCCAGAAUCGAACAUCUCAUCAGGGGGAGGUUAAAUUGCCUCUGCGUCUGUCUGUCUGUCUCUGUUUGAUGUGUUUAUGGGCAUUGAAUGUUUGCUCUAUAUGUACAUAAUGUGAUCCACCCUGAGUCCCCUUCGGGGUGAGAAAGAAGGGCGGAAUAUAAAUACUGUAAAUAAAUAAAUACAGUAGAGUCUCACUUAUUCAAGCCUCGCUUAUCCAAGCAUCUGCCGGCCCGUUUAGCUUGGAUAAGUGAGACUCUACUGUAAAUAAACUGUAUGGUUUUUAAAUGUCCUCAGUUGUUUAACUGUAUUUUAUUAUUUUUAUUUUAAAUGUCUGCUUUAAAUUAGUAUUGUUAUUAAGGCCUCGGGUGGCUGCCUGUAUGUGAAGCCGCCUUGAGUCCCCUCCGGGGCGGAGAAAGGAAGGCGGGAUAGAAAAAUUGGCAAUAAAUACAUAAUCUCACCAGGAAGGCGGCUCCUUUUAGGCCCCUUCUUAUGGGUUCAGGGAAACCCUUCCUGGUUGGCGUCGGCCAUUUUGUGUGCCCUUUGCCUGAGGAAAAAGCGGCCGUUGUUGUCCGUUGGGAGGCUCCGGCCACCCUCCGCCCCACGGACACGGCCCUCCCUUCUCGGAAACACCCAGGCCGGGCGCCUUCGCCAUCCUGGAUUUACCUCCAAGUCUCGAGCCUCGGCCUUGUUGCGGGGAGCCAGGCCCAAGAGCCUUUCCCUCACCGCAUCCCACACUGACAGGACAGAACUGGAGAAGAAAAGGGCCGGGGAGAUUCUGCCCGGAGACCGAUGACGCCGAGGUGAAGGCCAAUUCCCAUUGGUGGAUGCUGGGCGUUUGGUACAAGGAGGAGGGGGCUCUCUCUCUCUCUCUCUCUCUCUCUCUCUCUCUCUCUCUGGGGCUCCAGUGCCGUUCAACUGCCGCGAAGCCCCGCCUCUCUAUGGGCAUCUUUGCCCGCGUCCGCCAUGUUUGGUCCGGGCGGAAGCCAGAGAGAAGAGCCCUCCGUUUCCUAGAGAGGGUGGGGAAGCUCAAAAGGAAGGGACCGGGCGACGCCUUUCCCUGUGAGCUCACUUCCGGAGGAGGAGGGAGAAGAGGAGGCGGAAGAGACCCAUAACCCGGACGCUUCCCUGGGCAGAGAAGGCCGUCGUGCAGAGGAGGAGAGAGGCCCCAGGGAGGGAGUGGCGGACCCUCUGCAGAAGAAGCUCCAGCCCGGAGCGGAGGAGGAGGAGGAGGACCAGCAGGUGCAGGAAGGUAACUUCUGAAAGAGUUCUGCGAAGAACACGGCGUGAGAGCUUUGCCCGAGGAGUGCUCUAAGUCUAAAGUGACUUCAAGAUACACAGCAAUGACAAGAAAAAAUAAGUAGUAGAAAAAUAUAUUUCAAGUUACAAACCUAUGCAGUUAAGAGGAGGAAAUAAGAUUGUGCUGAAAAAAGAGAGGCUUGGGAAAGCGAGCAGAAGGCUACAGCAAUACAAAGAUUGUGCUAUUCAGGAGGUUAUGUCUGUGAACCCCUGGCGUAAUAUUUGAAUUAUAAAUAUAAAAGAAUGGCAAAUCCUGUACCUCCCUAUCCUAGAUCACACACAGGGGAGAAGUUACAUCAGUGUAUGGAAUGUGGGAAACAAUUUGAUAGGAAAAGUUCUCUUACUGUACAUGAACGGACCCACACAGGGGAGAAGCCACAUAAAUGCAUGGAAUGUGGAGAAAGCUUCAGUCAGAGUGGAAAUCUACGUUUACAUCAAAGGAAGCACACAGGGGAGAAGCCACAUAAAUGCAUAGAAUGUGGAGAAAGCUUCAAUCAGAGUGGAAAUCUACGUUUACAUCAAAGGACCCACACAGGGGAGAAGCCAUAUAAAUGCAUGGAAUGUGGAAAGAGCUUCAGUCAGAGUUGCAAUCUACGUUCCCAUCAAAGGACCCACACAGGGGAGAAGCCAUUUAAAUGCAUAGAAUGCGGAAAAAGCUUCAGUCAGAGUUCUCAUUUGCGUACCCAUCAAUGGAAGCACACAGGGGAGAAGCCACAUAAAUGUACGGAAUGUGGUAAGAGCUUUAGACAAAGUUCAGCAUACAUUAGACAUCACAGAACUCAUGCUCCGCUAGAGGAGACGGGCCUUUGAGUUUCCGCGCUGUCUCUAAAAAGCAUUGGAAGGAAAGAGGAAGGCCAGCACCUUGCUCUCUCUCCCCCAGAACUGCAGUCUGUGUGGCCUUGGUUGACGGCUACUGGGAGCAGGUGUCACUCAAAGGGGCUCUUUUCUCAGGAUUGCAGCAAGCUUGGAAGGGGUUCACCUAACCUCCUCCCCAAGGAGACCCAUCGCAGGCUUCUAGGAUGAUUUGUGAAAUGUGAUGAAAUGUGGGCGAAAUGUCAGGAGAGAAUGCUUCUGGAACAUGGCCACACAGCCCGAAAGACAUACAACAACCCUAUGAUUUGUGAAGGUUUGCUGAAAUGAGCAGCAGCUGAGAUCUCUGGAUAAAAGGUUCUGAAAAAAAAAAAAAGCUCUUUGGUAGCAGAUAACGUCAUAUCUUCAUACUCCUGCCUUAUGUCUUGGCUCUUCUGCAUUCAAUGGCAUUGAUUGUUUCCCAUGCAUGUGUACUGUAUGCACUGUGAUCCGUCUUGAGUCCCUUUGGGGGGAUAGGGCAGAAUAUAAAUCGUUAUUAUUAUUACUGCCCCUUGGUUAAAAUUUUGGGCUCCAGCCCUGUACCUUUAACCCUUUUCUGGACUUUGUUGUAUCCUGAAUCUUUGAUUCUAAAUUCUGGACUGACUUCCUGGUUUCGUUUAUGACUUUGGGGUUGUUGUAUGUCUUUCGGGCUGUGUGGCCAUGUUCCAGAAGUAUUCUUUCCUGACGUUUCUCCCACAUCUAUGGCAGGCAUCCUCAGAGGUUGUGAGGUAAGGAUAAACUAGGCAAGGAAAGGAAAGAAUAUAUAUCUGUAGAGAGUCCAGGGUGUGGCAAGAGUCCUUUGUCACUGGGAAGGCAGCAUUAAUGUUUCAGUUAAUCACCCUAAUUAGCAUUGGAAAGGUUUUGUCUCUUGCCUGGGAGGCAUCCUUUGUUCAGUCAUUAGCUGUGCUCUGCCCUCAGAGUGUUGAUUCCCAUCUACUGUUUUGAUUUUAGAGUUUUUUAAUACUGGUAGCCAGAUUUUGUUCAUUUUCAUGGUUUCUUCCUUUCUGUUGAAGUUGUCCACAUGCUUGUGGAUUUCAAUGGCUUCUCUGUGCAGUCUGACAUGAUAGUUGUUGGAGUGGUCCAGCAUUUCUGCGUUCUCAAAUAAUAUACUGUGUCCAGGCUGGUUCAUCAAGUGCUCUGCUAUGGCUGAUUUCUCUGGUUGAAUUAGUCUGCAGUGCCUUUCAUGUUUCACGAAAGACAUACAACAACCCUGUGAUCCCGGCCAUGAAAGCCUUCAACAACACUUUGGACUUUGUUUGUGUUCUUGACUUUCUGGACUCUGAAUUCAGUUUGUACUCUUGAUUUCUUGGUUGUUAUUUGAUCAACUCUGCUGAAUGAACCCCUGGCAUGUGACCAUUGAACUAUAACCUUGGCCAUAGUUUCUUCUUGCUCCUGAUGUAGAUCCGCAGUACUCGACUUGUCUGCAUUAAUUAGACUCUUGACCUGCACUUGUGUUCAUUGUUCCUUCGACUGUGCUGUUGCAAUUUUAUUAUUUUUGCCCAGGGGUUCCCAACCGUGGGGGCUGGAUCAAUGGCCUCAAUGGGCAGCACGUGGCCCCCGGGCCGUAGUUUGGGGAGCCCUGCUUGAGACCAUGUGUCUAAUACUAGGGUUUGGGCUGAAGAGAGAAGAGCCCGAGGCUGUGGCGCAGACGGGAGAGCAAGCCAGUGCAAUUAACUGCGAUGAAUCACUGACCAGGAGGUCAUAAGUUCGAGGCCCGCUCGGAGCUAUGUUAAAAGGCAUUGAAUGUUUGCCUAAUAUGUGUAAUGUGAUCCGCCCUGAGUCCCCUUCGGGGUGAGAAAGAAGGGCGGAAUAUAAACGCUGUAAAUAAAUAAAUAAAUAAAUAAAUAAAUAAGAGAUGGAUGGAAUCGCUUUCACAAAGACAAGGCUUCUCUUCCCCCUCCUUCCUCUUCCUCGGUGACACAGAAGACAUUGAUAUUGUUCUUUUUAAAAAUAUUUUGUUAUAUUGUUUUAUUGUGUUUUAGCGUAUUGUUAUUGCUUGUGGUUUACACUGUUUUAAUUCCUUUUAAUUUGCCUUUUGUUUUGUAUUGUUAUAUUGUGUGUUGAGGCCUUGGCCUUUGUAAGCCGCAUCGAGUCCUUCGGGAGAUGCUGAAGGGGGGGUCGUAGGAUAAACUGCCAAAGAGAAAAGGAGGAGGCGAGAGAAAUAUGUGUUUAUUACGAAACAGGCCAUCUGGUUUCCAUUUGAGAGUAGGACCGGGAAAACAGGAAACAAGGACCAGAUGUUUCCAGUAAACUCCCUGGCAAGAAGAUUAGGUAGUUUCCAAGAAGAGAAAAGUGGAAAACAGGAAAGUUAUGAAAUAAUAAUACCAUAUUUGUAAUAGGAAGUAGCUAUGCUUGCACGCGUGGACACCUCGUGAAAAGCUAUAUCAUCCAAUCAAGUCCUGCAUGUACAGGAAGAUGUAUCCAAUGAGAAGUUGGCUGAUGUAAUUGAUGUAAUCGUGAGGCUAUAAAAAGCCCCUUUAAUUGCCAAAGGGGGCGGCAGUGUUUUCUGAGAGCAUUGCUUUGCUAUGCCACACUGUCCGUCUUCUUCUGAUCAGUAGAAAUAAACUGUGAAAACUUUGCUUCUGACCUA